GUGUGAAGGUUGUUUUAAUACCCAACAUACUCAACUUAUUAGUUUUUAAAAUAUAUCUUUCUCUCGAUUCUUUUUUUUUCAUUUUUCAUGUAAAUAUCUAUUUUAAGAAUGGGGAUCCUGCUAGUACUACAAAUAAUUCCACGUUUAAUGUUAGUGAUAUGAAAGUGAUAUGAAAGUGAAAAAAUUUCUAUUCCAAACCCAAGUUUUAUAUGCAUUGAUAAUAAAGAUUGCUAAAUGCAUCAAAUCUAAAUUCUGCUUCUGCUGCUCUAAGAUUUGUAUUCACUAUGAGUUCAAAAACUCAAAAGUUUUUCUGCUAUCCUCCUCUUCUGUUCUCACACUAAAAUGUUUAAGUAUUUUGUAGGUAUCCUUUCAAAAGUGGAAACAGAUUGUUGAAGAAACGGAAGUUGCUGAUGAUGGUAGAUGUAAAUGUUUACAAUCAUGUCAUAUUUUUGCAACAACAAACAUGUUAAAAAGUCCAAUUAUAGUGCUAGAUGAAGAAUAUAUUAAUACUGUUAAUGAAAGUAAUGCUCAAUUAAAUAAUAUAAUUGAAACAUAUUUGCCAUUAUUAUCAACAUCCAGUAAUAAAAUUCAUUAUUGA